ACAUAAAUUACUGAAACCGCGCAGCCCCGAGUAGAUACUCGUAUGUAAAAGGACAAGACAAGUACAUUCCACUCCAUUCAUAUUCGUGAAUUGAAAUGGCAGAGAGUAACCUAAGCAAAAUUCUGUUGAUCGGCGGCACCGGCUACAUCGGAAAGUUCAUAGCGGAAGCCAGCGUCAAAGCCGGCCACCCAACCUUUGUUCUAACCCGGGAGUCAACUCUUACCGAUCCUGCUAAAUCAUCCAUCAUCAACAAAUUCAAACACUUGUCCGUCAAUCUUGUUAUUGGAGAUUUAUAUGAUCAUCAAAGUUUGGUGAAGGCGAUAAAACAAGUUGAUGUUGUGAUUUCGACUCUGGCUCGCUCUCACCUCGCUGAUCAAGAUAAAAUUAUUUCUGCUAUCAAAGAAGCAGGAAAUGUUAAGAGGUUCUUUCCUUCUGAGUUUGGAAACGAUGUGGACCGGAGUCAUGCGAUUGAACCAGCAAAGAGUGCAUACGCCAUUAAAGCCAGAAUCCGCCGCGCCAUUGAGGCCGAAGGAAUUCCGUACACUUACGUGUUAAACAACUUCUUUGCUGCUUACUUUCUACCUACUUUGUCACAGUUUGGAGCUACAGCUCCACCAAGAGAUAAAGUUGUUAUCCUAGGAGAUGGAAAUCCCAAAGCUGUUUUUAACAAGGAAGAGGAUAUUGCUGCUUAUACAAUCAAAGCUGUUGAUGAUCCAAGAACCUUGAACAAAAGUCUGUACAUUCGACCACAAGAUAAUGCAUUGUCUUUUAAUGAUCUGGUAUCACUAUGGGAGAAGAAGAUCGGUAAAACUCUUGAAAGAAUCUAUGUCCCCGAGGAAGAGCUACUCAAGCAAAUUCAAGAGUCGUCACCUCCAUUAAAUAUGAUGUUGUCAAUCGCUUAUUGUGUGUAUAUAAAAGGGGAUCAUACUAACUUUGAAAUUGAGGCACCAUUUGGAGUCGAAGCUACAACUCUCUAUCCUGAUGUUAAAUACACGACAGUAGAUGAGUUCCUUAAUCAAUUUGUCUGAGAUGCAAACCCAGAUGUGAUUUUUCCUCGGCGAAAACUGCACUAAAUUAUAAGUAGUAAGUUGAUUGUACUCCAUAAAGAAACUAUGAAUGAAGAAGCAUGUGCUAUGCUAUGUUAGCAUGACCCAACAACGAAAAUCGUUUGUUCUGUCAUUUUUUUACCGUAGGAAAUCCAAAUUCCUGAAUAAUUUCUUCAUGUUUGAAUGCCUAAUGUUGUUACACACUUUCUUUAAGUAAAUGCAUACCUUGAUCAACGAUUACGAA